GGUGUGUAUAUACAUGAGAGCGAGAGACUCGUAUGUUGAUCUUAAAGUGUAGAAAAUGGCGGCUAUGUUUUUAGCAAAGAGAGGAGGCAUAAACAUAUACAGAGCUUCUUCAUUACAGAGGGAUUACAACAACGGUACUCGAUCUGUUGCUCAUGGAGUCAUUACCAUCACUAACUCUCGUUACUUCACAUCCCACGGGAACAACGGAGGAGAGAAGUCAAAAGAAGAGGCGAUGGGGACAACUACAGAUGGUAAGGCUCCGAAUGUGACGUUGAGUCAUGCGGCUGAUACAGCCAAAGAAGGAUUAAAACGAGCUACCGAUGCAGCCAUCAAGAAGAGUGGAGGUGCGAGCAAGACGAAGAGUGUAGAGAAUGACGAAGGAGAUGAUCAGGAGAAUGUAGCUGUGGGUGAUGAUGGAACUGUCAAAGGCCAAAAUCAGUCAGGAGGAUGAGAAUAUACUUCGUUAAAAGAUUUAUAGUUAUUAUACCUAAUGAAAUGGAAUGUUGGUGACUCUAAACCGUGUGAUAUGUGUUUAUUUAGGUAGAAAACCAUCUGUUGUCCCCUUUUUUCCUCCAAAGUUUGCAGUAGAUUACAAUAACAACAAUUUCUUAUU